AUGGUCAAUGUUUUACUUGAUAUUCUAAUUGUCCAUGCAAAUAUUGAGAACUACAAUCAAGAUCUUGCCAAAAGUGCUUUUCGUAAGAGAUGUAAGCGUAAGUAUGGCAAUCAUAUCUACAGACUGAAAAAUAGGAAAACAAAGCCUGCUUACUUAACAAAUGCGUUGUGGGAAGAUUACACUAAAGCGUGGAAGACGGCUGAGUCUAUCAAGGUUUCCGAGAGAUGUUCGAAAAACCGUAAACAAGGUUAUGAGAAAGCCCUCGGCACACAUUGUAACGGAUCUGUUCCAUUUGACGUGACUGUGGAAAAGAUGAUUAAAGAGAAUAAAGGGAAGAUGCCUAAAUUUGUAGAACUUUAUGUAAGGGUUCACACGCUAAGGGGCAAAGAUUCAUCGGGGGAGUUGUGUUCGCAGCGCGCCAUAGAAAAAAUGGAGCAAGUUAAGGCAAGAGCCGAUGAAUUACGGGCUGCAGGGGAAGUAGAUCCAGAUUUUGAUCGCAUUUUCCUUGACCUUUUUGUGAAGAAGAUGAAGAGAAACCAAAUUCCCGGAGCUGGACAGGCAACGAGCAUUUAUUUCCCUAAUGUUGCUAGCAGAUCAUCCACUGGAGGCUCAGCCGUCCCGCCAAAAUUCUUCAACGUCGUUCGCUACGGUGCCAUCUCCGAUGGCACCACCGACAACUCUGAGGUAUUUCUCAAAGCAUGGAAAGAUGCAUGUGCAUACAAUGGAAGGAGUAGGUUUUGGAUCCCAAAUGGAAAAUUCUUGCUACGAAAGGCCUCAUUUGAAGGCUCGUGCAAUGGCUCAAUGGCCUUUUUGAUCAAAGGGACCCUCGUGGCCCCGGCCGAUUCCUUCUUCACCGACACGUGGAUCGCCUUCCGGUAUGUAUCCGGCCUCAUUGUGAAAGGCGGCGGCACCCUUGACGGCCAAGGCCAAUCAGCGUGGCAUUACAACGACUGCAAAACCAACUCUAAAUGCAAGCCUCUCCCAGUGACAUUGAGAUUCGACUUUGUGAGGAACUCCAAGGUUGAAAACAUCGAAUCCAUCAACAGCAAGAGCUCCCAUUUCAACAUUUUCGCCUGCGAAAACAUGAACAUAAGCCAUGUUAAGCUCUCGGCGCCUGCAGACAGCCCCAACACCGAUGGCAUCCACAUUGGGACCUCGCGCAACAUCAAGAUAUCCAAGUCCGUCAUUGGCACGGGAGAUGACUGCGUGUCCAUGGUGUCCGGCAGCCAAUCCAUUGAGGUGGAUGGGGUCGCUUGUGGGCCUGGCCACGGUAUUAGCAUCGGGAGCUUGGGGAGGGGCCAUGAGCAUGAGUAUGUCAAGGGGAUAACUGUCAGAAACUGCACCUUUAUUGGCUCCGAUAAUGGUGUUAGGAUAAAAACGUGGUCACCCUCUUCAUAUAGUUUGGCUUCUGGCUUAGUUUUUGAAAAUAUUAUUAUGAAAAAUACCAAAAAUCCAGUUGUUAUUGAUCAGUAUUACUGCCCCUCACCACAUUGCUAUUUGCAGGUACCCUAA